UAUAUCGAAAACACAUUGAUUUGAAAAUAAUCAAAUUAAUAUUUAAAAAAAUUUUAAUGAAAUAAUGAUCUAUUCUUGUGUUGUUAUUGUGUGGACAUAUAUUUAAAAAAAAAAACAAAAUGAAAAUCUGCAUUGCAAAUUCUGGCCAUAAAAAAAACGAGUUUGAAUUUCAUCUCGUGUUAUUUUUAGAUUAUGAUUUCAUAUUCUGAAAUCAAAAUGAUUAUGCUAAUAAUAACAUUGGUCAUCGAUCAGCUUUUGAUCAACGUAUUGGCACAGGAUACGGAUGAGAUUUGUAUGAAAACAUUGGCUGGCUAUGAUGGCAGUGAUGAUUUAAAUAUUUUAACCAUUGGAAUGACACGUAUUCAUAUGUUAUUGGUGACCAAAGAUUAUAAUGUUUAUGCAAUCAAACGUGAUUCAAUGAAUGUGGCUAUAAAUACAUUAUAUUUACAUAAAAAAUCAUCACCAUUAUUGAAUAUUUAUCCAAAACUUUAUAAUAGUAAAGAAUGGCAAGAUAUUCAACAUUAUGUUUACAAUUCUAUAACAUUGAUUGAUAGUUAUACUGAUUGGUUUUGUUUUCUUACAUCGAAACUUUUAUAUCCAUCAUUUGGUCUAUGCUAUGAUCUUACUCAUUCACGAAUAAUUGUUGGCUGGCGUUUGGCUAAUCGUUUUAAAGAAGUGACCAUAUCCAGUACAAGACCAGGACAUUUUUAUACGAUAAGAAAUAAAAGUGAUGAUAAUCCAUCAUUACAGAUAGCUUCAUACAAUACAUCGGAUUCUGCAAUACAGGAUAAAACUCGUAUUAGACUAGGUGAAUUUCGUUCAAUUUGUUUUGAUGAUAAGGAUACUAAACAAAUUCGUAUACCAAUAACUUCAAUAUGGAAAAGUUGUAGUAAACCUGUCGAAUGGUCUGUAAUGAAAGGUUUUGUUGCUAAUGGUCGUUUCUAUCUAUUUACAAAGGAAUCAAUCUAUUCAUUUAAUGAAGAUGUUUAUGAUAGUCCAGAAGAAUCAUAUCCAUUUCAAAAUCAUUCAUAUCAAUCAUUUUUCAAUUGUAUUGGAUCACCAACAAUAAUUACAACGAUUGUGACAACAGAAUCAAACAGUCAAACAUCAUCAUCGUCAGUUGUAACCGAAACACAAACUAAUACUAUGUCAUCUAUUACAACAACACAUUCAACAACAGUGGUACCGUCAACUGUUUCGAAAUCAAACAUCAUGUUGGCUGCAAUUAUCACAGCAAUUUGUCUAUUUGCUUUUUAUUAUUAUUGUUAUAGAGAACAAAAUUCAAUUCAAAUAGAAUCAAUUUAUAGUAGUAAUAAGGUGAUGGGAAAAAGCCGUUCAGGUUCAAUUCGUAUACAGAAUAUUCAGGCGAAUCCAAAUCGUCGACGAUCACCAUCAUCAUCAUCAUCAUCAUCAUCAGUGAUAAAAUCAUCAUCAAAGAAACGAAAAACAUUGAACAAAAAAUCAAGACGAAGUAUUUCUAAUCGACAAUUAUCAUUAUCAGCUUCUGGUGUAAGCAAUAGUAAGAAACGAAAAUCAAAUAAAUGAAUCGAAAAACUAAAUAAAUAACCAAUCAAUCUCAUACAAAAGAUUCGAAUUGAAAUUAAUAAAUGAAAAUUUAUAAAACAGUAACAAAAUUGUUGUCAUUGAAUCUAAACAAAAAUCCCAUUUAAUUGUUAAAAUCCUGAAUCACUAUCUAUGUUAUUUUUGGAUUAAUCCGGAUUUUCGUUUUUGAGUAUGACAAUCAAUGAGAAGAAGAAACCACUCAGGAUUAAUCUUGCAAUACACUAUAUAUGGUAGUUUUAUUAGGUCACAUAAUAAAUUUGAUGAUGACUAUAUAAAUUGUUUUCA